AUGGUGCUCAUCAACCAGCCUCUCCUCAUUGCCGGCUCCGUCGCUCUGGCUACUCUUACCGGCGUCGUCGAAGCAGCACCAGCUGGCUCCGCUCCUCAAGCUCGCGCUCCCCAAGCCUCUCCAUUCGCCUCUCGCAACGCUCGCAUGGAGCGCGUCGUCCUCCGCUCCACCUCGCCUCCUUUGCCAGAGAAGGUCAAGUCUCGAGACUCUCAAGUUGAGAAGAGACAGGCCACUAAACCCAGGCUGUUCAUCAGAGCGAAUGGCAGGGUUGAGAAGCGAGCUUCCGCCGGAAGCAAGAGAAGUCCAGGUCAUGAGCACACUCACAUUCACGAGCACAUCCACGAGCACGGACACGGUCACCACCACGGCCAUCGCCACGACCGAGAUGCUGAUGAAAAGGCUCACCACUCCAAGCACUGGGCGAUCCACCAUGGACUGGCGCGACGUGAAGCGGAAGAUGACCUCUUUGCUCGCAAUGGUCCUCUUCUUCAAGUAGGCGGCUACCAACAUGGUCAAAUGCACGAGCACGACGGCGAUCUCAUUCGUGUCCUCAUAGGUCGGGAUGGUGAAGUGGCACUUCCAUCGAGCUCUGCCAAUGGCCUGCAAGCUCGUCACUCGGAGCACUACUAUGAUCACCACGGGUACGACCACGAUCAUGGUCACUACCACGGUCACAGUCACGAUCAUGAGCACAUCCAUGAGCACGUUCACGAGCACAAACGCCGUGAUCACGAUCACGAUCACGAUCACGAGCAUUUUCACGGUCACGAGCACUCUCACGGUCACAGCCACGUUCAUGAGCACAUCCACGAGCACAAGAGAAGCGCUAGCAACGACAAGGCGAAGAGGCCCACGAAAGCUGGAUUCUCACCUGACCGCGACCUUCUCUCCGUCAAGGGCACUCUCAAGCCCCUCGGCAAGGUGAACCUCCAGGCUCGUUCGCCCUCGAGUCGCACCAACCGACCGUUCCGUUACCAUCCUCGUGCUCUUGAAGAGGAUGUCGCUGAGCGUGGCCUGGUCGGCGACCUCGUCAAGCCUCUGCUUGCUCCGCUCAACGCGAUCCCUGGCUUUGUCACCAUCUCUGAUCUUUUGUUUGGCAACGAUGGCGUCUUGAAGAAGCUUGGGGGCCUCGUCCUCCACGCCGAGCCCGCUGCUGCCAAUGGCGCUCAACGCAUGGUCCAGGACGGCAAAGCAAAUUCUCUGUACAACUAUAGCCUGAUGGCAUCCAAGAAUGAAAGGACGCAAGUUUGGUUGAUGGCUGCCGACGUCAACUCAACUGCAUCCACUCCUGCUGCCAACGCUACCGUCUCUGCUCGAGAUGCGCCCGGUUCUCAACCCGCCACGAAGCCAAGCGGAUUCGAGAACGACACCACUGUCGUUCGCGUUGCGCUGCCUAUCGUCGAUGAUCAAGGCGAGCCCGUUCUGUACUGUGCUACCUUCGCCAAGAAGCCUCCAUCUUCUCUCGAGCUCACUCCUUGUGGAGAAGAUCCUUCGGAGAAGAAUCCGGCCGCCAGCCAGAGCGACUCUAGCCAACGCUUUUCCUACACAGCUUCAACCGGCGCGCUGACGCCCAUCUACGCCGCAACGCCCAACAACUUCACCGAAUCGAUGUCGACGUCCGCUGCGCCGCUCAGCACCUCUUCGAGCAGCACGCAAUCGGCAUCCAUCGUGAGCAGCAGCAUAUCGGUCGCCUCGUCCAGCGCAGCACCUGCGCCCACCGCAUCUGCCGCAAAAAGGUCGCCCUCAUCCUUUUUCCGCAUCCUCGCUGCUGAACGUGACAACGACGAAGCACCGAUCGCCACUAGCACCGCCAAUGCAUCAGCUCCCGCAACUCCAGCUGCUAGCGCUCCGGACUCGAGCUCUGUCCCCCCCGCGAUGCCCACGUCCAAGACUGCACCCACCAACGGAACCAAGCCCAGCAAUGGACCCGCAAAGGUCAGCCUGACCUUCGUGCCCGCUGGUGCAGAGGCGAAGAAGCUUGCUGCAAAGCCCAACAACAAGAGCCCAGUUGCUCAGGAUGGAUCUGCCGAUGUCACGGACGCGGACGAUGCCGAUGAUCUGCCUGAGGGUGUGACCGAUGCCCAGCAAGACGACCUCCCUGCUGCAUCGACUCCUACCGACACCGAUGCGGACAGCGUGGCUGACGCUGCUACUGGCAACGACCGCGCUGCCAGCAUGGGCGAAUCUCCCAACAGCGACAUUGACAACGAUGUCGAAGGGAACGCUGACGCCGUAGACAGUGCGACUGCACAGUCUGACCCUGCCUCUGUCGUCGACGGAGAGGAUGCUACCAGCUCCGAGGCUGCUAGUGCCGUAGGUGACGACGUCGCCGCUUCGACUAGCGAUGCUACGCAACGUCUUGUUCUUGCCACACCUUCCGACGACGAUGACACGCCUUCAUCCAGCUCAUCAGCAAAGGGCACCAAAAACACUUGCCCUUGCUUCGCUGAACGUCGCAGGGAAUCCAUGCUCCGUUGAGCAGAAGAGCCUGUUUGAUCCACCAUGUACUUUACGAGCUGGUCGACCGGCCCUGAGCAAGAGUUGAGCUGGACUCGACAUGUCCUGCAUCACUGCGCAAUACAUUGAUAUCUCCUCA